AUGGAGCCCCACCCUUUCACAACCAACCCGUUCCGCACUCGGAGUGACCACCUACAAGCCUGCAUUUCCCUCCUCGACCCUCUUGAGCAAGUCACUUCUAACUCCGGUGCCUUGGUCAAAUGCGGCUCUACAGCAACCCACUACGACGAACGAGCCGCUCAGCUGGAGGGCUUCGCGCGCCCUUUAUGGGGCCUAGCCUCGCUCGUAGCUGGCGGAGAUCAUUACGCUGGCACAGAGAGAUGGGUGCGCGGGCUUGUUGCUGGAACGGACGAGGAGAGCGAUGAAUUCUGGGGAAAGAUGCGCGACAGGGACCAGAGGAUGGUGGAGGCUUGCCCCAUUGGCUAUACGCUGUUGGUAGCUGGGAAUGCGUUCUGGGAUCCUCUUUCGGAGGAGCAGCGGGAGAAUGUGCAACGCUGGCUCUACGAGAUGAACGCGAAGGAGAUGCCGCAGACGAACUGGCUCUGGUUCCGCAUUUUCGCAAAUCUAGGCCUACAACGCUGCGGCGCCCGCUUCUCUCAAUCUAGAAUAUCCGCAGAUUUGAAAGUCCUCGACACCUUCUACCGCGGCGAUGGCUGGUCAAAUGACGGCCCAGAAGGCUUCACGCAGAUGGACUACUACUCCGGCAGCUUCGCGAUUCAAGUCCUUCAGCUCCUUUGGGUGAAAUAUGCCGGCCAUCAAGACCCCGAACGAGCAGAGCUGUACGCCAACCAAGCAAAGGACUUUGCGCUAGACUUUGUUCAUUACUUCGACGAGACCGGACGUGCUGUUCCCUUCGGACGCUCUCUUACGUACCGUUUUGCCAUGGCUGCGUUCUGGGGCGCACUGGCGGUUGCGGAGAUCAAGCUUCCUGAGCCGCUUACCUGGGGUGUUGUAAAGGGAUUGCUGCUCAGGAAUAUGCGGUGGUGGAGCAAGCAAGAGGACAUUUUCCAGCCGAAUGGUAUUCUAAGCAUCGGAUAUACGUAUCCAAACAUGUAUAUGAGUGAGAACUACAACAGUCCUGGCUCACCAUAUUGGUGCAUGUUGGCAUUUCUGCCCCUCAGCUUAGGAGAAGAUCAUCCGUUUUGGAGGGCAAAAGUGGAGGAGUACCCAUCUGGCGACAAAAUCAUGAGUCCGCCGAUUAGGGGGCUGAAGCAUCCGCUUCACAUCACGGUUCGAAGAGGCGGUCACACCUUCUUACUAUCCUCAGGACAGGAAUGUCACUACCCUAUGAGAGCCGGUGCAGCAAAGUAUGGCAAAUUUGCGUACAGCUCAGCCUUUGGGUAUUCGGUUCCCACAGGCGAUUAUAACCUCGAAGCAUACGCACCGGAUAAUAUGCUCGCGGUAUCAGAAGACGGUGGAGAGACGUGGAAAGUGCGACGAAAGGUGGAGGACGCAUUCAUAAAGCUGUAUGAAGGUAGAAUCCAGCUUCCUGUGCUUACCUCUGUGUGGAAGCCUUGGCGUGAUGUUGAGAUCAAGACUUAUCUAAUCCCUCCUGCACCGAACAGCUCCUGCUGGCACGUUCGAAUCCACCGGAUCAGGACGGACCGCGCGCUUGAGACGGCGGAAGGCGCAUUCGCAAUUUGUGGGCACAGCGCAGAAGAUGGGAGGCCGUUGAGCGAGUACCCUGACGUAAACUUGGAAGGCAUUCUCGCAGACGAAUUCCAAGCGUACGUCGUUUCCAAGCGGGCAGGAGUUGCGGGGAUCUCAGACCUAUCACCGCAGUCCUUGAGAAAGGCCGAAGUACUCAAGGCUGAUGCCAACUCCAACAUAAUGGAGCCAAGAACAGUUAUUCCUAUGCUUAAGGCUAAUAUUAGGCCUGGAGAGUAUACUUUCGUGACGGCGGUAUUUGCAAAGCCGGCUGAAGAGAAGAAGGAUUGGCGGAAAUGGCGCGAUACGUGGGUACAAGAUUGGGACAAGGAGUUUGAUUAUCCGGAGGAACUGGCUGACGAGGUUGAGGGUUGGGUUAAGGGACCGCUAACGCAACGACAAAGGCUGCUGAAGCUGCAGGAGAAGCUGAAAAGCUGA